GCCAAGGCCUAAGGGAGUUCCUCAAAUGCUGCUUUACUACCGGGACGUCAAGAAAAGGCUGAACAAGGUCUCAGAGGCUCUGGCAAGAGUCCUGGGGACAUGUGGCAUUCCCUUGGCAUCAUGUGGCUGGCUUGUGCCUCCCUGAUAACCCACAUCAUUGUGGCCACCGCCAGCUUCAUGGACCCCACAAUCCCGUGUGUGCAGCCAGUUCCACCACCCGGUGCCAUUGUUGCGCCGCUGGGCUCAAACAUUACUCUGCCCUGCCCGGAAGGGGAGCUCGGAAACCGGACCCUGCUGUGCUGGAAGUUUGAAGGACGGCCCCUCUCUUCCCCUCCUGCUGGGUGGGACUCCCCCAACGCGAGUCUUUUUCUGCCCUCCGUCCAUCACAACCAUUCGGGCUCUUACAGCUGCUCCAAGGGCAGCCGUCGUCUCCACACCCUGCGGUUGAUAGUCGAAGAACCUCCCCAGGUCCCAGAUUUUGCCUGUUUCCGUAGAAGCUUAGUCAAGGAUAUCCUGUGUGAGUGGAGACCAUCGUCCCCCGUGUCGCCGCACACCAAAGCCUCGCUUUGGGUGCAAAGGUUCAUGGGGGAGAACCAUGCGGGGCAGCAGUGCCGUUAUUACAGCAGGUCCCAGAAAUUUUUCUGCCGCAUUCAAGGGCUGAACAAUGAAGAAGAUGUUCUGCUCCUGGUGUCCAUCUGCGUGGCCAACCUGGCAGGGACUGCGCGGGGCCAGAAAUCCUUCCACAUCGACAUUUUGUUGAGGCCCGAUCCCCCGGCAAAUGUGCGGGUGAGCGCCGUGGAGAAGGAACCUCACAAACUCCACGUCACCUGGAAGAACCCCCAUUCGUGGGGCACCAAGUAUUACCACCUCCAGUUUCAGCUGCGCUACCGGGUGGUGAUGUCCAGCAUGUUCUCUGAGGUCCAUCUGAAGCAUGGGAUGACCUCCUACACCAUUGUCGACGCGGUGCAAAAUUUCCCCCAUAUCAUUCAAGUGCGGGGCCGGGAAGAAUUUGACCAUGGAAAUUGGAGCGAAUGGAGCCGAGAAAACAUUGGUGUUCCCUGGUCAGAUCCUCAGGAUUCCCAGCCAGAAACGACCCUUUACAGUUCAGAGGUCCCAUUUUACCCACAUAGUGCCAGCACCUUCACACCCACAAUCUCUGUGCCCUCUGGCCACACCGAUAAGCCAAUCGUGGGAGAAGACGCUGUGGCGGUGCCUCUGCAUGUGUUCCUCAUCAUGGCGGUCACCAUCACCCUGGGCCUGGCCUUGGUGGUUGUCGUCUUGACCCGGUGCAGGAAGAAGUGGGGGAUUCCGCCGUUUGGAGAAAUCAAGCCCAGCCCCGGGCCGUCCUAUUCCCUGACGCCUCUGUCUCCGGAGCCCCCCAUGAGCACCUCCCCCCUCCUCUCCCCGCCCACCUCGCCCUUCAGCGAAAGCUCAAUCGACAGCCCGCGAACCCCAGACCACAGCCCUUACAACGUCUCCAACGCAGACUAUUUCUUACUGCCCAAAUAAAGGGCCACGGGACGAGAACCCUGUGGGUGCCGCACCACGCUAGACCUCACCAAGCCACUGAUGGCUCGCAGCACCCCAAAGGUGCCUUUUGGAUCAGCACUGGAAUAAUUGCAAAGCAUUUCUCCCCAAGACCUCCAGGUGGGCUAUGUAUCUGGAAGGCCACCUGCCUUCCGUGGACCGUGGAUUGGAGACGGGCGCCUCUGAAGAUGGGGAAUGCGGCAGAUGUUGGAAGCUGUUCUCCUUUCCGCAAUUUUUGCAGGCUGUGUCUCAUCAAGGCUGUCAAAGAUGGAGAGCUUGCAGUACUGAAGUGUGGAUGAUGUCCCACAAUGCCUUCGAAGAGGUAGCCGCUUUCCAGAUGUUGUCACUUUCCGCCUGAUCGCCAGACCUUGCCAGUUUUGACGUAUUUUCCAGACCUCCUCAGUUACCGGUUUCUUGUCGGUUUCCACCUGCUUUUUCCAAAGCUAUCCCAUCCUGUUUCCGCAUCGAUCUGCAUUUACCGGUGAUGCACGGGCAAAAAAAAAACCCAAACAAACUACCUUGCUUUUAAAAAACACAUCAUUUCCCUAAAAACACUUAUUUUUAUGCAGAUUAUCCAAAUGUAGACGUCUGCUGUUCCCCUUACUCUACCUCAGCCUAUGAAUUUGGCACCCUUCCCACCCAAAACGGGAGCUCAGGUAUUCCUUUGGCCUUAAAAUGUGAAUUUUUCUCUGACUUUCCCCCUUUAAGGAUGCGAGGGGGGAGGGGAUGCUGUUCAGUCUGUCCUCUCAUCUGAAUUUGGAGAAGGCCCGUUUUUUUUAAUACCUUUUUCAGAAAAAAAAAAAGAUGUUUCCAAAAACACGGGGAUCAGGAAGAACAGAAAACAAACCGCUUUUGGAUCAGCACCAACACAGCUGGUUUGCUUACAGAUGUGGACAAUGACAGAUGUGGACAAUGACAGAUGUGGACAAUGACAGAUGUGGACAAUGAAAUAUUGGGAUCUGCUUGUUCAGACUCGGCUGUACCUCUAACACAAUGGGAAUCUUACUUUUCCUUGCCUUAGACUCUGAGAUUGCAGCAGUACAUUUUCUGAGCUUCUGGCAGAGACGUCUCCUAAAAAUAUUUCACAUUUGUGAUGCCAGACACGGAACGCUUUAUGGUGCUCUGAUGCUCAUCUCAUGGAGUUAGGAAUGGGGGGCAACGUUAAACACUGCAAGUAAACACUGUAGUCAAGGGAAAUGGGGGUGAACAGUCACCCUUUUAUUGCAAGAAGAGAGUGGUGGAUUAUCCCCUGAAAUAGCUUUUGGCUCUAAAGAGAAACUUUCUGCCUUCCACGUUACAAAACUUUAAUUUUUUUUUUCGGGAUGCUGUUUUUUGCUGCUGCUGUUGGUUCUGCAAAAACAGCUGCUCAGAGGAGAGUGUGUGUGUGUGUGUGUGUGUAAGAGAGGUUUUUCCCUUUGCUUUCUUUCCAAAGGUCAGUGUGUGGCAUUAUUUGGCUGCUGCUGUUCUGCAUUUUUGAAUGCCCGUCGAUAACUUGGGCUUUGUGGAUCCAAUGGGAGGUUGACCCCUGUCAUAGAAAUCUCGCUGAAAUUGAUGAACGGAGGGGAGACAAUGCCUGAGAAAGUUAAAUCCGAUUAGUUAUUCCUUCGUGGGAAAGAGAACAAAGGUUGCUGAAGGACCUAUUUGAACGUCACUGCUUGGCUCGUCAGAAAUUUGGGAAGGGGGGCUCUUAAGUUAUGACAACACAGUCAAACCCAAAAUCUCGAUCGCUUAGGAAGUCAACAAACUUCAAGCUGCAUUUUUUUCCGAGUGGAGAGUGGAUAAAUGCAUCAGGUGCUGCUUCUGACUUGGACAAAAAGCUCUAAAGACUUGGCUAUGGUUUGCAAAUCGAAGCUGCAAAUUGCCCCCACCCCUCCCAAGUGGGGGUAGGCUCCAGACUGGCCUGUUGCUGCUGCUCAUUUCGCUUCCCUGUUCCCUGGGCCUGAGACGGAUGACUACAUCAGAGUGUUUUGCAAUCCAGGGUGCACUAAAUGUUCCUGGAGACAAACCGCACACUUUUGGGCAAUGGAACUAAAGUUGCCCAAAAUUUGAUCCAGUUCAGCGGGGACUUGGUUGGGAAAAGACGCCGUGGUCCUCUGCUAAAUGUGUUCAUGGGAUGAGUGCGGUUGAUGGAAAGAAGGAUUAUUUAUCUAGGAUAGGGAGCUUGAUUUAUCUAGAUAAGAAACUUUUCAGAAGAGGGUUGGGUAAGGAUCCAGCUGAACACCAGGGUAUCUUGUGGUCAACCAGUUCAUCCCAUUCCUUCAAGAAAUGAUACUUUGGGGUAGUGUAAUGGUAUGUGGGAAAGACCUUGGGGUGAAGAGGCACAGCCAAGGGAAUGGUCAGAUAAGAGAGGGCUUAGCCCACAGCUGCAUAAUGGGUGGAGAAAGAGGCUCAGAAGGGACCCUCCCUGGUUUCUCGGGCUGUAAAGGAGACGGAAGGAGAAUUGGACUUUCAGACUUGCAGGAUCCUGUUAAUGUAGCCUUACAAUAAGGUAGAAUUAGUUCAUCUGGGUGUGCUUCCUGUCUGGACUACCUCGCAAGGCUGGCAGGUAACCCAACAGGCACGCACAAGAGAGAGCCUGCAGAAUUUCAAAGCCAUUUCAUGAUAUUUAAAGACAACUAGUCCACCAAGGAAUAAAACCAGGAUGGGCAGAAGAAAUGGAAUAUCUUAGGAAAGGGGCAUGGCUGAUCUGAUGCCCGGAGACUUUUAAAGUUGGUCAGACCCUCUGUUUAUCUGGUCAUCUGAAGCGGUCUCACCCAUGACAUCAAAUUCUGUCGGCUGCAUCAAUCCAAGUUACCAAAAUUGUCCUCGGUCUGUGGCAGCAUAACCGCUUGGCUGGACUGCUUGGGAGUGAAGAGGGCCAAGGACCCCUUGGAAGAAAAUCAGGGAUGCCCUGCUGGGAAUGGUGCCAGCGCUCCCAGCUGCUGGAUUUUGUGGCCGCAGGGCCGGCCCUGCCAUUAGGCAGAGGGGACAUUUGGGCUGCUGUGAAAAAGCAAGCAAAGCCACGGAGCUGUUUGCACAGAUUGAGGCAGGAGAGUGGCAAAAUGUUUUGUUUGGCCUUUGGUUUGGAUGCUAUGUGAGCAUGACUGUCCCUUAAUUUAAUAAAAUGAACUUGUUGUGGUACCCGG